AGCAACCUCCACCUCAUCCGCUACUUGUAGACGUGGAAAAAAAUUCCACCUCGCUUGAAUAGUACGACCUCCCCCCCGAGCGCAUGAGUAUUACCAUUAAGUUGUGCAGAUGAAGUACUUUAGUUCUUUCCUCGAGUGAUUGCAAAGUGUGACCACCUCCAUCUGAUUUGCACGACCCCUAUUUCGCCUGUCCUUCAUCAAGUAGAGUACAAACAGAACAGUUUAUGUUGCUCCGCUAGUCCUCGUACAUCACGUAAGAAGUAGAAGUUAGUAUGUAGAACCAACUUCUCUAUCAAGCAAAUACAAAUCACCGACAUCUAUCUUUUGAAGAAAAUCAAACCAUGACCCAGUUACAGGCUUCUUCAGGUUUCAGCGAUGAUGACUGGGGCGCCUUUGAGUCCUCACCGCCCGUGCAUCGGGGAGAGGUUCUCCAACCCCAACCAGGGUCAACGUCGUCAGGACCAGGGGGCGCGACGAGUUCCUCUUCGUCUACUUCUGCUAGGAAGAUGCAGCCACCCGCAGUGCUGAAAGUAGACAACGGGACGCUCGACGCGUUAUUCUAUAACGAGCACCAGCACAGUCGUGGGAAAAUAUCAAAUUCUGCUGGUCCUCUAGAUGAAUUACUUGACCAUGAUCACUCAGGCCGCGGGUCCUCGACUGCAAAAAUGAUACCUGGAGGAGGUGCAGGCGUGCGUCAGAUGAAUGAAGCCGCCACUGUGCUCGAGGAUCACGAGAAACACACGAUUACCGUGUACUACAAGGGAGAGAAAAACAUCGUCACCUGGUACGCGGACGGCACCAUGAGCAUAUGAGAGUGCAACUGCACAUCAACUACUCCCCCUCGGCCCGCGUUCAAAAGAACGCAUGAACAGCAACACAAACAACGAGGGAAAUGUGGCUUCCGCAUGACAAAUAAGCUUCUGGAGGUGCACACGGACGGUAGUACUGUUUGAGUUCGUUUCAAGUAAAUCUGUCAUGCAGGAGAGACAGCCUGAUGGAAAGACGCGGACUUGGUAUUUUGCAUGACAAAGGCGGAGGUGGAGUUGUUGUGCACUUUCAUAGAGCAAGCGCGACAUCCAGGAGGCCAUACUCUGUGCCUGCGACGCGAUCAUCGAUGGUGGAUUUGUGUUGCGAGAGAUGCAAAUGAAACAUGCCGACGGCAGUCAAAAAUGCAUGACAAAAAAUCAUACGAGUGAGACAAUAACAACCGUGGACGACCUGUUGGGAGACCACGACGGGCCAACUACGCAGACCACUUCCCAUCAAGCCGCUUCCGGUAGUACACCAGGCGCAGCAGAUUCGACGACAUCCGCAAAUAAUGACGACGAGUCACAGUUCACACUGACGGACCAAAUCCUGGAGUGGGAACAGUUUGACCAGCUUAAACACAAUUCCGUCUACCUCCUGCAGCCCGGUUAUGGAAGCGUCAGGUUUGAAAUCAACAAAGUUGAAUAAAUGUAUGACCGGGCACGCGUGGUCUUGCGAGCCUGUGAGUCAAGGCCGACAGUGGUCGGUCUAUAUUUUAUGAGCGGGCUCAACCCGCCCAUCACGGUAACCAAAACCUGAGUAGCAUGAAUAUGAACCAGGCAGGGGCGCAGUUUUGCGUUGAUUUUCCUGCUCUGUGUUUGACAUGCUGGGUUUUCAGGGACUUGCGCCCCUGCCGAUGGUAGCUUGAUUGUGAUUCGCCGAGGGUGAUUAGAGCUGCUAUUUUGCUCUGCCUUAGGCCGAUUUAUUUCCUCCUGAUUUCUCCAGUUCUGGAGAGGGAGAGUUUAUUUUCAAUCCUAGUUUCGGAUUAUGAUUGGUCUCCCCUGAUUUCUCUCGUUCCGGAGAGGGGGAGAGAGUUUAUUUCCAGUCCUAGCUUCGGGCUAGGUUGGAUUUCUCCUGAUUUCUCCCGUUCCGGAGAGGGAGAGUGGUUUUAUUUCCAGUCCUAGUUUCGGGCUAGGUUGGACUUCUCCUGAUUUCUCCCGUUCCGGAGAGGGAGAGUGGUUUUAUUUCCAGUCCUAGUUUCGGGCUAGGUUGGAUUUCUCCUGAUUUCUCCCGUUCCGGAGAGGGAGAGUGGUUUUAUUUCCAGUCCUAGUUUCGGGCUAGGUUGGACUUCUCCUGAUUUCUCCCGUUCCGGAGAGGGAGAGUGGUUUUAUUUCCAGUCCUAGUUUCGGGCUAGGUUGGACUUCUCCUAUUUUCUCCCGUUCCGGAGAGGGAGAGUGAUUUUAUUUCCAGUCCUGGUUUCGGACUAGGUUGGAUUUCUCCUGUUUUCUCCCGUUCCGGAGAGGGAGAAUUGAGUUUAUUUCCGGUCCUAGUUUCGGUCUAGGUUGGAGUUCUCCAGAUUUCUCCCGUUCCGGAGAAGGAGAGUGAUUUUGUUUCCAGUCCUAGAAGUUUCGGGCUUGUUUGGAUUUCUCGUGAUUUCUCCCGGUUUGGAGAAGAAGGAUUUGAGUUCCCGUCCUAGCUUCGGACUACGUUUGAUUUCUCCUGUUUAUUUUCCCCCGAUCUGGAGAAGGGACAUUUAUUUUCAGUCCGAGUUGCGGACUAUGUCGGAUUUGUGCGGUUUUCUCCCGUUUCUGGAGAGGGAGAAUGUAACUCCGGUCCUAGUUCCGGACUAACUAUGUUGGGCGUCUUCUAUUUUCUCCAAUUUUGGAGCGGGGGGCUUCGCCCUAAGUCCGGGGGUUUGAAGUAUGCCCCAGAUUUCUAGUUUCCAGCUCGAGGGAGGGAGGCUCCGUCCUGUUUCGGAUGAUUUCUUUGCGAGUGGCCUCCUAUUCCCCCCUUGCGAGGAGAGAGUAGGGAAUCCAUUUCCCCUUCGGGGUCGAUUUUGUUUGAUUUUCGCAUCCGUUUGUGAUGGCGGAGUGAGUCUCUGCUUGAUUUCGCAUUUUUAUUUGCCGCGCUUUCCCCGUACAAAUCGGAGUAUCCCCCUUGUGUCUCUCAGCGAGCGUGUUUCAGUCCUGUUGUUAGUCGGGCUUGGAGCAGUUUAUCGCCACACAUCUCUCGUGCUGGUGAGGGAGCAUCGGCCGCGUUUAUGCCGUUUCUUCGGGGGCUUCUCCACUCUCCCCGCUCGGGGAGUGGGUUUCUCUUGGAUUUCCACUUGUGAGGGCAAGAAGUCUAUUGCCCCAGGUUCUCCCGGGUGCGGAGAAGGAUUUCAGGGUCUAGCUGCAGGCUGCUUUUCUGCUCUAAUUUCCGGCUUCUGCCGGCUUUGGUUUUCUUGUGGGUCUCACUUUAUUACUCAUUUUCGAGAUGUGCUUGCCCUUGCAGGCUUCUUUCUCGAGGUCUACUUGCAAGGUUUUGCUCCGUUGUAUUCGACAUGGGGCGCCAUUCUGACCUUGGUUAUUUUCAUUUCAACCUUGCUCGGCUUUGUGGCACUGGCGGUUUGAAUCCGUUAAACCUAAAAGAGGGCAGGCGCGAGAUGGAAAGGCUAGGGAUGCGCCCGGCGCCUCGUGCGCCGGGGUUUUGUUUUCGCGGAUUCUUUUGGUUCCGGUUUCCGGGUUUCUGCCGUCCCUAGCUCCACGAGCCGAGUCGAGGGCUUGAGAUGAAAUGACCAAGGUCAGCGAUGGCGCAUGUGGCGCAGGUUUUCCCCUGUCGGGAUGUUUUCUUUCAAGGUAUUCCGAUUCUCCUCUGGAGGGGGUGAUCUUUCUAUAUGGAGCUUCGUGCCCCUAUGUUGUUUGCCUGUGGUUUUAGGACAUCUUCAGAUCCCUGUUGUACAGGGUGCGAGGAGUGUUGUGUCAAGAGUCGAUCCGGUUGCAUCAUUACGCAGCGAUGUGGUAUCCUCUUCCGAAUCCUUUGCCCGCCUUUUUCGGUUCAGGGGGCGAGAAGUGUUAGUCCCUGGAGAGAGGAGGUCGUCGGGCGUUUUUGUUGGGUGUCUCAUGUUUAUCGGGCAAACUUUCGUAUGUGUGUGUGAGGAUUCUUGGCAGGAUUGUAGGGGGCACUGCGCCUUCCCUGCAGGGCUUGGUCCUUUUCUUUCUGAUGUCGCAGCAUGCGCGUUGACCGGAUCACAAGCAUUACCUCGAGGUCCAUUUGGCAUGGUCAUGGGUGUUAGUGUUUCUCGAGGUCCUCACGGCCAUCGUCGCUGAGGUGGGUGUUGUUUGCUUACUGCUCCAGAGGCAGUCUUAGUGAGUUCGCGCGCAUCUCCGGAAGGGUGUCGCAGAUGACGGCUCCAAUCUUUUCAUGGGCUCCGGACUCUCUUUCCCUGUGUCAUGGUGCCGGGUGGCUCCGAGUUUUCUUUGCACGCAGUGUCUUCGGAAAGGAUCCCGCGCCGAAGUUAUUAUUUCCGUUUGAAACACACAGCUUGCGCGGGCGUUGUGGCCACCGCCGCGAGGUCUACUCUUGUGCUUUGGAAGGUUCCUUCCUGGAUAGUUGUUUGGUAUGCAGGUCUUUGACCUGGGGGCGCGUUCAUCCCCGUGGGCUCUUGAUCUGAGUACUUCUUGUUGCUCGAUGACUUUCCAGCAUUUCCCCGGCCGCAUCCCGGCCGAGUUGUCAGGGUUGAGACCUCUUUCAUCAGUGUGCGAGUGGUCAAGCGCACUACGUAUCCGAAGUGAAGCCGGAGCUUCCGGGGAGUUAUUUCCUAUAUUAAAUGUUCUUACGCUGAUUCUUGGGCAGCGCUUCUGCCACUAGCUGCUCUUGUGGUUUCGGUAGUUGACAAGGAUUUUGCUAAGGGCCAGGGCGAAGGCGCUUUGUUUCGCCCUUUUGGAGCCUUGUUGGGAUGCUGUGUGACAGUCUUUGGCAUCUCAGUCGGUGUCGUCGCACGCACUCUUGCGUGUGGGGCGGCUGUUCGGUACCCAAAUUCAUCUCCAGCUGGUGCCGUAGGGUUCUUUGGGUCGCGUCGAUGCGUUGCGUCUCCGCCGGUGGGGUAGGCUCUCCACAUGCUUGGUCGCGGGCGCCUGCACCUCCUGACUCCCGGAGCGCACAUCCAACGAUGAUCAUCCAUAGGAUGAUCUAUCCGUCGGAGAAGAUGUUGACUAGAUCAUUAAAUGUAUGACCGGGCACGCGUGGUCUUGCGAGCCUGUGAGUCAAGGCCGACAGUGGUCGGUCUAUAUUUUAUGAGCGGGCUCAACCCGCCCAUCACGGUAACCAAAACCUGAGUAGCAUGAAUAUGAACCAGGCAGGGGCGCAGUUUUGCGUUGAUUUUCCCCACCCUCCCGCCCCUAUUUUCUUCUUGUUAUCUCUUCUUCCGAGCGGAUGGAUCAUGAGGCUUCGCGCCGCUUCUUUUUGAGGUGUGACAGAAGCCCAUCUCUUGCAUUCGGGAACUGGGGUAGGCUCUCCACAUGCUUGGUCGCGGGCGCCUGCACCUCCUGACUCCCGGAGCGCACAUCCAACGAUGAUCAUCCAUAGGAUGAUCUAUCCGUCGGAGAAGAUGUUGACUAGAUCAUAAAAUAGUUUGUCAUGCAUAAAAUGCAACGCAGAAAAUGCCUGUCUUGCAGAGUAGGCAAGGGAGGCAGAUUGUAAGCCUGUUUCGGGGUAGAAAUAGAGCUGCUAAAGUACUAGCAUCACAAAAGGCGUCUUCCUUACCCAAACAGCAUGACACUCAAAUUUGUCAUGCGCCGCUUAGAAAUUGGGCUUCCAAGAACUGGUAUCGAUUUUAUGCAUAAGAAGUUAUAUCAACUUUGUCGAUUUCAACUCUGGUGACACAUCCAUACCGGUAAGGAGAGAAAAGAGCUGGAAAACAUCACGGGUGACAGGUGGCGAAGGUUGAAAAUCUAUCAAAUGUAAAAAUGUCUGGGUCUGGAAGAUUCCGAGAUUUGUCAUGCAGUUUUUCCAAGCUCCACCAAGUCUGGAAUGCAGGGCCUAGCAUCACAGGAUCUGCAGCCCCUUUGUGAUGUCUGUUCUGCAUGAGAAAUGCCCCCUCAGCAUGGCCAGAAAUGAGCACCUUUUGCAAGUCACGCAACACAGAUUUUUGUAUGAUGCGCAACAUGCAUCACAAGUUGCAUCCUUCCAGACCCAGACACUUUUGCAUUUGAUAAAAUCCAAAUAGACCCAAUACUGCAUGUGGAGGCCCAGAAAGCGGUAUUUUUUUUUCUGAUGCUGGUACCGCCACCGCCGUAUUAGUUCCAUCAUUUUUGAUCUAGCACGACGAAGACGGAAGCAACUACGUCGUCAAGCAGGGGCUGAUCGUGAACUUUUCAUCCGCAUCAGAUCUCUGUCUACUAACUUUGCAACGCAAGAAUACGUACUUACACAGAUCGCCCGCAUGAAGCGCGGUUCGAAUCUUCUGAAGCACACCCGGUACGGGUACCCUCACCUGCGCAUGUUUCAGCUCUCGGAGGACACCAGGAGGCUGAUUUGGUACUCGGCUGCAAAAGAGAAGAAAGACACGGUCAUUUAUGCAUUGCAAAAGUAUCGUAUUCGUAUAAAUGCAUUACAAAUUUCUGCAGCGUGAGAAAUAAAAUUUGUAAUGCAGAUUUAGCUUAAGAAAGGGAUUUGUAUAUACAUGAUUGCAAUACGAGUACGAUACUUUUGCACAGGAUAUCAUCUCUAUGGAAAACAUUUCGGAAAUUUUGAUUGGGAACGGGAACGACACGUCCAACGCCUAUAAACUCGCCAUGCUGGAACAUCUUUCUUUCACGAUUGUCUGCAAGAAUCCUGGAGUAUCCCACAGAAAAAAGCCGACAGGUCACAUUUGUAAUGCAAAAAUAAAUACACAAUAGAAAUCGGUAUUGCGUACUAGCCUAAACAGCAUGCUAUGAGGCCGCCCAUGACAGAUUUUUCUCUGUAUUUAUUUUUGCAUUACAGCGUUCAGCUGCUCUCGGGCUGGAGGAGGGAGUAGCAAGCAGCAGUCCGCUAAAGGGCACACUGCCAACAUCAUCAUCAUCAAUAUACCUCGCCAGCUUUUUUCUGUGGGAUAUGGAGCCCAGAUGUACUCCGGCACUUCCGCACUGUCCAAUGUUCUGAACACGGUCACCGGGGCGGGGAGUGUGAAGAGUCUGGAAGUCACCUGCAAAGACGAAUUCGAGUUUGAUCAUUGGGUAAGUACUUGUUUUUCUCAUUCAGAACGUCAAGACGUGAGGAAAUGUGUCUUCUGCUAUAAAGUUCUCGCAAGUAAGAUUAUGCGCAAGGCUAUUUCUGCUUCACUGCGCAAAUCGAAGGACGAACGCAUCUAUCCAAAUCUCGUCGCUCUUCUACAAAUUCACCCAGGUCACUGGUUUGAAAGCCCUGCACUACCACCACACGUCGCGCCUGCUUUCCAAAGAGCAGCUCCUGAACCAUUCCCAACGGUUCAAGCGCGCACUGCAGAAGAACAACGUGGCAAUCAAGCUUACCCAGCUCCCGGAGAUCCGGGAAAAGGGGCACGUCGGCCUGGACGACUGCAUCGAGAUUUCCGUGUCUCAGUCCAAAGAGGAGCUCGAGCAAAAGCUGGACCGGCUGAAAGAGCGGCACAAGACGCUACAGCUCUCCACAAACAAGUUGGAUUUUCACGCGGAUAUGCAAUGCAAAAGCAUCCUACUUCUAGUCUAAAUUGCAUUACAAAUUAGCCCACCAUUGCGAAUUGAAUUUGUAGUGCUGAAUUACCUUGACAAAGAGAUUUAUAAUGCAUAAAUGCAAUGUACUACGAGUGCGAUACUUUUGUACAGGAUAGCGGAGGCGGAAACCGAGCUGGAUUUAGCCGUGAUGACCGGCUCCGGACCCGCUUACGCGGCGCUGUUUACGGAUACAGAGAACUGUAUCAAAUGCAAAUAUGUCUGGGUCUGGAAGGUUGGAAGACUUGUCAUACAGGUUUUCCUUGACGCGUGAGGUCUGUCAUACAUGACCCAGCAUGACAGAUUCUCCCCGACCUGUAUCAUGCCUCGUCUGCAUGAGAAACUUUCUCUCAGCUCGGUCAAAAGUGGACAGCUUUCGGUAGUCAUGCUGCAACACAGAUUUUUGCACUAUCCAGAAUUAGCAUGACAAGUUGCAUUCUUCCAGGAGACCCAGACAUGUUUGCAAUGCAUAAACUGCGAAGAUGAAGAGAUGGAGUACCGGAGGAUGCAAGAGUUGCUGAAGGAAGUGCAGUCCCAGCUGACAAAGGCCCGAAACGAUUUUAUCGCGAUCAAGGAGGCACAACUACCCGGAACGCAGAAUCUCAGCGACGCGAUUGCUGGCACCACCUCGUCGGGGAAUAACAAGGAGGAAGGUAGUACUAGCGCGACGAGGAAUAGCAAGAAAAACAAACCUUCGCAGCUCACCAAGCAGGAAAAGGAGGAGCAACAGAAGUACAAGAAUCUAGAUCAUUUGCUGUGGAAAAUCGAGGUUGAUCUGGAAAACGUGGAAGACAUCCUCUCCCGGUAUCUGGACAACCAGAAGCAGGUGCAGCAGCCCUGGCAAGUGCUGGUACAGGAAAAGACGGCCGAGUUUACCAGGAAUGUGAACGACAACCUGCAGAUAAUGCAGGGAAAAGUGGACGAAUGGAGGAAGUGGUGGAACAAAUAGAAGCUCAUGCUUUUUGAUGAUGUUUACGCAUUGCAAAAUUAUCAUACUAGCUUGGAUCAUCGCAAUACAAAUUUUCUCAGCACUACAAAUCAAAUUUGUAAUGCGGCUUUACCGUAGUAACAACUAGAUUUGUAAUGCAUGGUGAGUGCAAUUUUUAGUACGACUGCAAUAU